AUGGCCACCCCCAGUGUCCUGGCUUUUGAUGCUGAGGGUCGCGCCAUUGACUUUGCAGUCUGGGUCGAGGACCUGCAGCUGUACUUACUGUGCGAUGCGAUAGAUGAGGUUUCUCUCUUUGACUUUGUCUCUGGCGCUGUCCCUGCCCCUCCUUCUGAUGCUGACCCCACUGUUCGCUCCAAGUGGGCCACACGCGAUGCUGCUGCACGUCUUGCUGUGCGUCGCCACCUCCCUUCCUCCGAGCGUGCGCACUUUAGUCAGUGCAAGACCGCUCAGGCCUUGUACGACGCUGUAGUUGCGCGCUACUCCUCCCCUUCCUCCGCUACGCUGAGCCGCCUCAUGCUACCGUACCUCUUCCCUGACCUCGCUGCCUUUCCCACAGUCGCUGACCUCUUUACCCACCUCCGCGCUAGUGACACUCGCUACCGCGCUGCGCUUCCUGCUGACUUCCGCGCCGCAAACCCUCCUCCCAUGUACAUCACUCUCUACUUUCUAGUCACCCGUCUCCCUGAGUCCCUUCGUGCCGUUAGGGACCAGUUUCUCUCUGUCUGUCCCACCACCCUCACCGUCGACCUCCUUGAGAAGUCCCUGCUAGCGGCUGAGAAGAGUAUAGUCGCUGUAGGGGCCUCUCGUGGUGACCCUCGCACCCCCAUCUUUGAGGGUCGGUCGGUGCGGCGUCUGCCCCCAGCGGUAGGCGCCACUCUGGCAGGGGCAAGGGGAGCAAGGGAGCGGGUGGAGCUAGCGGGGGCGGUGGCGGAGGAGGUGGAGGCGGCGGGGGGAGUGGGGGUGGCGGUGGAGGUGGUGGCAAGAGUGGAGGUACUGGUGGCGGCAGUGGAGGCGGAGGCGGCGGCGGAGGUGGUGGCGGAGGUGGCGGUGGGAGCGGCGGGGGCGAGGGUGGCGGUGGCGGCGGUGGCGGCGGAGGCGGGGGUGGCGGUGGUGGAGGUGGUCGGAGUGGCUCGUCCCAGCGGAGCGGCACUGGGGGUGCGUCAGCGUGGUGGGGCGUUCGGUCCCUGCACCUACGUCCUUCGCACCGGCGACCGCGCGGGUGAGCAGUGUGGGGGCACCCACACCGCCCGCCGCUGCUUUGCCCGCUUGACCGACGCUUGGCGCCAGAAGUUUCCAGAGGCCUCUGAGAUUCCCCGCUGGGGAGAGCUGUCUAGUGCUGGUGUAGCUAUCUUUGAUCUUGACUUUGAUGCUAUCCUUGCUGCCAUGUAUGCUGUGACUGUUAGUGAUGAGGGUGACUGUUACCAGUGUUUCCCGCCCGACCCGGGCAUUGGUACUGCUGCGUCAGGUGCCAGUCAGGCUGCUGCUCUAGGUGCCAGUGCGUCUGUGCUCUCAGGUACUAGUGAGUCUGCACUCUCAGGUACUGUAUCGGCUUCGGCCUCUCACACCUUCACCCUUGACUCUGGGGCGUCUCGCUCCUUCUUUCGGGACUGCACCACUCUCACGCCGCUUAGUCGGCCGGUUGCGGUGUCCCUGGCUGACCCCUCUGGGGGUCCUGUCUUUGGUGCUGACCUACAGGAUGUGGGUGUCCACCAGUUCACUCCUGCUCGUCAGCGGAUGACACACUGCACAGAGGCUAGCACAGGUCGCCACCUAGCUACGUUUACACGUCAGCCAGGGUCGAGCCUGUACACACUGACCACUGCUUCUCCUCCCGGUGCUGAGUCUGGUAGAGUCCCUUCGUCUGGUCAGGUGUUUGCUGCAGCGUCCAGGUCUGGUCCUGAGUCUGCCCCCUGGCCGUGGCCUUGCCUGUGUCCCCUGUGUCGAGGGGCGCCAGCAUGCUGCCCCUCACUCCUCCCAGUUUCCUCCGACAGAGGCUCCGUUGCAGACGCUUCACAUGGACGUGUGGGGCCCUGCCCGCGUCCGUGGACUCGGUCACGAGCGCUACUUCCUGUUGUUGGUGGUCACACCGCAGUCUUCCCCUUGCGCAGCAAGGGUGAUGUCACUGAGGUGCUGAUCGACUGGAUCCGCGCAGCUCGUCUCCAGCUCAGGCAGAGCUUUGGCUCGGACUUUUCUGUGUUGCGUCUGCACUCGGACAGAGGCGGAGAGUUCUCCUCUGGCCUUCUGCGUGCCUUCUGUCGUGCGCGAGGCAUCCGCCAGACCUUCACGCUUCCGGACUCACCGCAGCAAAAUGGGAUUGCAGAGCGCCGCAUUGGCAUGGUCAUGGACGUCGCUCGUACGUCUAUGAUGCAUGCGGCAGCCCCCCAUUUUCUGUGGCCGUUUGCGGUCAGGUACGUGGCGCAUCAGAUCAACCUCCACCCCAGGGUCUCCAGGCCGGAGACCUCCCCAGCCCUGCUGUGGACGGAGAAGGUUGGCGAUGCGUCGGCGUUCCGGGUCUGGGGAUCUCGGGCGUUUGUCCGCGACUUGUCUGCGGACAAGCUGUCCCCUCGCGCUGCUCCCUGCGUCUUCCUGGGGUUCCCCCCCGACGCCCCUGGGUGGCAGUUCUACCACCCCACCUCUCAACGUGUUCUGUCCUCCCAGGACGUCACGUUCGACGAGUCGGUACCCUACUACCGCCUCUUCCCCUACCGCACUCCGUCCCUCCCCCCGCCCCCGCUCUUUUUGGUACCAGGUCCCCCCCCGGUAGACCCCCUCCCCCCUCAGGGUCCUGCCCCUUCAGGUGUGUCGCAGGUAGACGCGGUCGAGCCUGUCGAGGUCACUGGUGACUCUGGUGCUGCUGCGGGAGCUGAGCCUGGGGGUGCUGGGACUGGAGGUGCUACGCCUGGGGGUGCUGAGCCUGGGGGUGCGGAGACUGGGGGUGCUGAGCCUGGGGGUGCUGAGCCUGGGGGUACUGAGUCUGGGGGUGCUAAGCCUGGGGGUGCUGGGCCUGGGGGUGCUGAGCCUGGGGGUGCUGAGACUGGGGGUGCUCCGCCUGGAGGUGCUUUGCUUGAGGGUGCUGAGCCUGGAGGUUCUUCGACUGGGGGUUCUCCGCCUGGAGGUGCUUCGUCUCGCCGAGAGCCACUCUCCCCACAGGAGCUGCGUGAGUGGUUUUCCCGGCGCUGGAGGCGUGCUGCUGGUGCUGGAGGUUCUUUGGCUGCAGAGGGUGCUGCUGUCGCGGGUCCCGGAGGUGCUCGUACUGGGAGUACUGGAGCUGCUGGGCCUGAGGGUUCUCCUGGAGCUGGUGCUGCUGAGGGUGUUGGAGCUGAGACUACUGCUGGCGGUCCGACUGGCAGUGCUCCUGGUGCUGCUGGGGGUUCUGGAGCCACUGGAGGUGCUACUGGAGGUGCUGCUGGAGCGGGUACUCCUGCUGGGGGUACUGGUGCUGUCCCUGCUGUUUUUGGCGUCGCCACGCGGCCUCGACCGUACUUCGUUCCGCUCCUGCAGCAGGUUCUUGGUCUUACACCUUCUCCUGGUCCUCCUCCUCCUCCCUUAGAGGGUCCACAGCCUGUCCAGUCCCAGUCACAGCUACAACCUGCCUCCCCUUUGCCUGCUCCUUCUCCCUACGCUGGUCCGACUGGAGGUCUUACUGAGCGUCGUGAGCCUGCGUCUCGUCCUGCGUCGCCUGUUCGUCCUGCACGCACUAGUGGUCGCGCUUCGCGUCACCGUCCUCCUCCUGUCCCUGGCACACACCGGAUGUCUCUACGUCCGUCCACUACUCCUCUGCGUGCCCCUUUGCCUUCUCCUCCUUCUUCCUCUCUUCCUGCUCUUGCCGACCCGGAGUCGGACUCUCUUCGUGCUGCCAGUCCUACUGUCACGCGUCUCCUUGCUACUGCUGUCACUGACCCUUCUUUCGAGUCUUCUGCUGCGUCUGCCCUUGUCACUGAGCUCGUCGACUUUGCUGCGCGCUGUCGUCUAGACUACGCUGCUAGUCUUGUCGCUGAGUCUGAGUCUGCCUGUCCUCCGUCCGUCGGGGGUGAGUGUGCCCUUGGCACGGACGUCCUGGAGGACAGGCAGGAGGAGUUCCAAUGCCUGGCCGCCGCUUCACCUCAUCUCGCGUCUGUACUGCUCGCCCCUGAGGGAGACCCGGAUGCACUAGACAUCCCGACUCCGCGCUCUUACGCGGAGGCGAUAGAGGGUCCCUACUCCUCUUAG